ACGGUGGGCGUGGACCUGGAGACGGGCACUGGACUCGCUCGCUCGCCGUACUUCGCAUCCCUCCCCGGGGCCAAGCACGAGCAGCUCAUCCGAGCCGUCCGCCCGGCACGCGGUCCCGCGGCUGGCACGGUCAGCACGGCCGCCGCCCACUCCACCCUGCUGCUGCCGGGGCGCGGACGCAACCGGCCGCCCGGCGGGAUUCAGUCAAUUUCCGGGCCACGCCGCUGCAGGUCGUCGCCUUCGGCGGUAGAAAACGUGGACUUUCUUCUUCACGGGGGGAGGGUUUGGGGUGGGUGCGGCACGCCUGGCGAUCUCCAUCUGACUGACCGCGCGCGUCGCCACAGGAGUGAGAGAGCAACAGCGACAGCGGAGCCAGCGAGGCGGGGGCGCGGCGGACCGGGUAAAAGCGCCGGGCCUCGGCCGCCUGCUCCGCCUUCCCCUCCCCCCUCGUCUCCACCAGUCGGCCUGUCCUCAGCCAGGCGGCGUCGGCGCGCCGACGGUGCCAGGGCGGAGCGCUGGGGCGCCACCGCGGGUGAGGAGGAGAAGAGGAGACAAAGAGCCCAGAGCUUCGGCUGUCCGCGCUUUUGCUGCCUGCGGAGCCGACGGCUCCGCGCCUUCCGUCGGCCAGGAAGGAGCACAAAUUGGAACUGGUUUCGGAUAAACGUUUGAUAAACGUUUGGAGGAGACCUCGGAAUUUGGAUCAUGGGGAGUUCGGUCGGCUGCUUGGGAGGCGGCUCUAAGUCUAGGCAAGAUCAGAAUGGUCAGGCCGCCGCAUCUACGUCUCCUCGUUCAGGUCGUGUAUUAUCAAGAGCUGGAAAUAAUGUACGAGUCUUCUCUCUAAACGAGUUGAAGACUGCCACACGAAACUUUCACAUGCUGAAUUGCGUUGGUCGUGGAGGUUUUGGAGCAGUGUAUAAGGGAAACCUGAAAGAUGGCUCUCAAAUCGCAAUAAAAAAGCUUUCAGCUGAGUCAAAACAAGGAAUUAGCGAAUUCUUGACAGAGAUUAAUGUCAUAUCAAACGUCAGGCACCCAAACCUUGUCAAGCUCCUUGGUUGCUGUGUUGAAGGAAAAAACAGACUAUUGGUGUAUGAGUAUGCAGAGAAUAACAGUUUGGCAAAUGCUUUGCUUGGACCAAAGAAUAAAUGUAUUCCAUUGGACUGGCAGAAAAGGGCUGCUAUCUGUAUUGGAACUGCUUCUGGCCUUGCGUUUCUUCAUGAGGAAGCACAACCACGCAUUGUCCAUCGUGAUAUCAAGGCUAGCAACAUUUUACUUGAUAACAAGCUUCUGCCUAAAAUUGGAGAUUUCGGACUGGCCAAGCUUUUUCCUGAUACUAUCACUCACAUCAGCACGCGCGUUGCAGGAACAAUGGGCUAUUUAGCACCAGAAUAUGCCUUAUUGGGACAAUUAACCAAGAAAGCUGACAUAUAUAGUUUUGGGGUGCUUCUUCUUGAAGUGAUAAGCGGUCAAAGCAGCAGCAAGUCAACUUGGGGGCCUGAUAUGCAUGUCCUUGUGGAAUGGACAUGGAAACUGCGGGAAGAAGAAAGGCUCUUGGAAAUUGUUGAUCCAGAUCUGGAAAAGUACCCAGAGGAGCAAAUGCUCCGUUACAUCAAGGUGGCACUGCUGUGUACACAAGCCACAUCUCAGCAAAGGCCAUCCAUGAAGCAGGUUGUCAAUAUGUUAUCUAACAGCACGGAGAUCAAUCUGCAAAAUGUGGUUCCACCAGGUGUGCUGAAGGAACCACGCCAGCGUACCAGAGGCUUUGGGAGUUUGGCAGUAGACACAUCCUCAAGCCAAAGCACCAAAUGCAAUCCAGCUGAAUCUUACAGUACACAGACGAACAUGAAUAGUGGUCAAUUUAGCACAACUGAGGUAUCACCAAGGUGAUGCAAUGGACUGUCAACCAGCAAGUUUGUUUAGCAUUUUCAGAGGUUUCUUGCACCACCCACGAGGUUUUACUGUGCUGAAAGGCCUGAUCCAUUUUCAUCCUGAUUUAGAACUACAUAGGAUGUGAGGGCCAUUGUGAAUUGCUGAUGUACAGGAACUGUAGUUUUUUUUUCCCUUUUGUGGAGGAAUUGUAGUUCAAUUUAACAAUUGCAUUCUGUUUCCUUAAAGCCUGUUGUAGGGAUACAGUGCAAAGAGUGCGAGAGGAGUGCAUUGUAGACUACAAAAAUUGCGCUCAGAAUAUAAGCAAGAAAGUUGUGAAGAAGAGUUACUAUAUAUUAAUGUUCCUUACAUCGACAA